UUUUCGAAGACCAAACCCUAGCCAAGCGGGCUUCUUUCUCAGUCUCACUGGGACUCAGCGUAUCUGAAGCCCGGUGACCUCCCUUCGUCCCCCAUCAGGCGCCGACGUUGACGGCGAACUCUCUCUCCUCAACUCGUCGGUCUCGCUCUGUUGCUCCGGUUUACUUUGCAUGCUGCUUCCUCCUUCUCCCGCUGACUCGCUCUCGUUCUGCAUCUCACCGGCGUCAAUCUUAGGCCUAAACUUGUGUUCCCCUCGGCAUAUUCGUAAGCUUUCCUCCUCCAUGCUUUUCUCAGUCUCGUAGACCCUCGUCCAUCGUGCUACUGCUCUGUUCAGUUUUGCUUGUAUAGAUGUGUGAAGGCUGAAGGGCGUACAAAUGAAGACAAUCUCUGGAAAGCCUAUAUCAGCAAAACCAAUUUCUCUUUCGAAAGCUGCAAAAAUCCUCUCGAAGUUUAUCUCUGCUGAGAAUGGUGCUUCACAUGUUGUCAGUGCAUAUCUCCGUCGGGCCUCUAGUUCAUUCAGUGAGCUGAACCAGCUCCACAAGGAGCUCAAAUCACCACAUUCUGAUCGGAAGCACAAAAGGAGUAGAUCAAAGACUCGUGAUGACAAAGGGAAAUUCGGAGUGGGGGAAGCUGAUCACAGGCCAUUAGCUGAGGCUGGAGAUGAAAAUGAAGAGAAACCAACUCAUGGUGGUCUUGAUUUUAGUCAAGAACCCGUUGAGAGAGAGAAGCAUAAGAAGAAAAAGAAACUUGAAGAUGAGCGCAGUAAGCAUGUGGUUGAUGAAGUUAAACUUGAAGAGGGGUCAAAUAAGGGAAAUUUAGGUGAUAACAACGGGGGAUUGGAGGAGGGAAAGAAACAUAAAAAGGAGAAGAAGAAAAAGAAAGAGAAGGAUGUUAUGAAUAAUUUCUCUGACAGAGAGGGUGAGGUUAUCAAAACAGAAGAUGAGAUUGCAAGUAGGGAAGAUGACCGAAAAGAGAUACUAAGCAAUGGUGGUGUUCAGAACAGAGAUGAAGACUCUGUUGAUCAAAAGGACUUCCUAAAUAAAAAGAAAAAGAGACAUAUGGCAGGCGGCGAGGAUAAAAUAAAUACUGAUGAGGUAAAGAAGUUGCAGAAAAAAAGGAAGAACGAAGAUGUUGUAGGAAGAGAUGAUGAUAAAUCAGGGGAACCAACUAAGAAAAAGAUUAAGAAAAAGCAUGGGGGAGAUGAGUAGCUGCAGGUGUGUUAGCAUUUAACGUCGAUGUUGUUUAAGAAGUAAUUUGUUAGAUUAACUUGAUUGUGGCAUUACUUCCAAAA